UAAUAAUAAUAAUAAUAAUAAUAAUAAUAAUAAUAAUAACAAUAUGUAAUAAUAAUAACAAUAAUAAUAAUAACAAUAUAAUAAUAAUGGCGACUGCUAACAGCACGGAUUCAAAUAUAGUGAUAACUGCAGUAAUAGGGAUGGUGUGUGACGAACGAGCGAAACGCAACGUUGCCGUGAAAAAUGUAAAAGGUCGUAUUUCAGCAAUUAGAAAAAAAUUUCCACGCGAAAAAAUAUGAUCUAUCUUAUCAGAAAAAUUCUAGAAGAAAAAAGAAAAAGACAAAAAGAACAAAAAAAGAUAGAAAAAAAAUUUGGGAAUACGAAUGGGAAGAAUUCCUCGUAUUCGGCGUAUCAUCCGUAAAACGAUAGAAGGAGGGAGAGGUGAGGAGGUGGUGGUGUGGAUCUGGAGAAAGAGAUAGGUAGUAAAGAGGAGAUGGGACUAGGAGGGAGGAGUAGAGUAACGAGUACUUUUGAAAGGGGGGAAGAUUUUCGGAAAGGGUAGCUAGAACGCGUAGGUUAGGGCAGUUGCGUGGAUGGCGGGCGUCGCGGUCGCUCACGUGGCUCCCCACCGUGUUCCACAGCAUCGGCGUUCUCUCCUUCGUGUUCUCUCCCCUCCAUCACUGGUAACGCGUUGCUUCCCCUACCACACGCUCUGCUCCCCACCUAGGGUGACACUAGCGCCGCCACGCCUGCCGCUUCGCAGUAACGCGACCGCUUUCGUCGAGAGUGCGUUGUUUUUUCGUUCGCUAUUGUUGUCCGUGUUAUUCUAUUCCUCAAGUGCGCUUUCACGAUUUUCAUUAGCAGACCGCCCCGGCAUCGAUAGAGAUUGGUUGGUCGCGCGUUCAUGAGCGAUAUAUUCCGAGAAAGGCGGAUGUGCCACAUAAUAUUUUAGAGUGAUCGAACGACGAUCCCAUCUUUCUCUCUCUCUCUCUCUUUCUCUCUUCCCCCUCCUUCCCCAGAAUUUAUCUUCCUUUUCUUCCUUACUUUUUUUUCCUUUCUUUCUUUCUUUCUUUCUUUCUUUUUUUUUGUUUCUUUCUUUCUAUCUUUUCCCUCUCGACGGGGGAAGAAAUUUUUGGUGCGCGUGUUUUCUGUAUUCGUCGAGGGAUAUGGGGUUAUAAUAUAUAUAUAUAUAAGUGUUGCUGAUAGAGAUAGAAAGGAAGUAUGCAAGACCGUAUCAACGAAAGGUUGGAAUAUCGACGCUCCAGCGUGAGAUUUGGUUGUAAAGUGAUCGGUGCUCUUUAAUAAAAGAGAGAGAAAGAGAAAAAAGGGAGAGAGAGAGAUAAAAGAGAAGAAAAGAAGUCGCGCGUGAGAGCGCGUAAUUUUUUUCGAAUUAAGACGGAAGUUUCUUAUCAGUGUGAGAUUCAGUGCUUUAGGUUUUGGUGGAUCGUUGUUUUCAUGAGGAAAAAAGUAAAACUUUGAUAAGGAUAAAUAGGUGGUGCGUUGUAACAGUGGCUCGUCGAUACUCUUUUACUUUCUUCUGCUUCAGCUAUGACGAAGAUCUUAGAAACAUUUGUAUAGUCGUCCGAGGGAAAAGAUAAUCUUUUUAUCUUGGCACGUGGUGGAGUAAUAAAACGUAAAAGUAGUUUUGCGCGGGACAAGAAAAACCUCGUUGGUAGAAUACAGGAGUGUGGGGGCGAACGAAAGAGUGGUUCGAGAAAUAGAGAGAGAGAGAGAGAGUGAGAGAGAGAGAGAGAGAGAGAGAGAGAGUGAGAGAGAAAGAAAUAGGAAGUGGUAGGGAGGGGCGGUGGAAGAAGAGGGGUGAGAGUAGGUAGGAAGGAUCGUAGAGGCAGAGGAAAGCAGUGGAGUGGUGAAAAUCUCGACGCGAGUUAUACGGGGCGGGUGAGAAGGGCCAGGUCGUGGAGUGGGGAGUGAUGCCGGUGAGGGUGGCGCAGCGCCCCCCAGGUGGAAUAUCACUCCACGCCGGCGUGCCGGUAGCGGCCAGCAGCGUAACCGCCUCCGGUCCGUCGGGCCGGUGCCUCGGGGGCCCGGCUGCGUCCCCCGCCGGGUCGCCACCGCUGCCGCCGUCACUGCAAUCUCUCGGCGGCGGCAUAAGCGGCAGCAACAACAACAACAACAAUAAUAACAAUAACGUUAAUAAUAGCAACAUCAACGGAAACAAUCAGUUGAUCAACAGCAACGGCGGGAACGGGAGCAUUAUCGGUGGCAACUCCUUAAACGGCCUCGGCAAUUUGACCAACAACAACGGGAACGGUCUAAGCAACAGCAACAUCAAUACGACGGCGUCGAGCAUCGGUGCCGCCGCCGCCACGACGAACCCGCUCCAGGCAAUGGCAUCGGCCGCGGCCUCGCUUACGCAGUUAAACAACAUGGCGAACGGGCCGCUGCCGCCGCUCGCAGGGACCGGGCCCCCGAAUUUACCGGCUCCGCAGCCUGCGACAACGCCGACGCAUGCCGGUGGUCCGCCGACGCCACACGGUGGCGUCGGGACGGGGCCCCAUUUGAACGGGGCCUCACCAAGUCCUCACCCUAUGCCGCCCCAUGGCAUGAUGAGCGGAUCACCGCACGCGCCCCAUCCUCAUAUGCCGGCUGGAGGACCUUCGCCUCAUCCUCAUCAUCCCGCUCCUCAUAUGGUCGGCUCGCCUCAUCAUCCAGGCCCACAUCCGAUGCCACCAAACGCUGCUGGAAUGAUGGCCCCAACUGGUAUGCAACCUCAAAGUGCUCCUGGAAUGUGCGGCCCUGGACCAGCCGGUCCAAUGGGACCACAUGGACAUCCUCAAGCACCAGGACAACCUCACAUGCACAACGAUCCCUUUUAUUGUUCACCUUUUGGCUCUCAUUACUUCAGAUCGUUGCCUGUCCCCAGGAGGCAUACUCCGUACUUCGGACAACCGGACUACAGGCUCUACGAGCUGAACAAGAGGUUACAGCAGCGCAAUGAGGAUAGCGACAAUCUAUGGUGGGACUCGUUCGCGACAGAAUUCUUCGAGGACGAUGCUACGCUCACCCUCACCUUCUGUCUGGAGGAUGGACCGAAGAGAUACACGAUAGGAAGGACGCUAAUACCUAGGUACUUCCGUUCGAUAUUCGAAGGUGGAGUGACGGAACUUUACUACAACAUGAAGCACCCGAAGGAGUCGUUUCACAAUACUAGUAUAACGCUAGACUGUGAUCACUGCGUCAUGGUCACGCAUCACGGCAAGCCAAUGUUUACGAAGGUGUGUACAGAGGGUAGGUUAAUAUUGGAGUUCACCUUUGACGACCUUAUGAGGAUAAAGUCGUGGCAUAUGUCAGUAAGAACACAUCGAGAAUUGGUACCAAGGUCGGUUGUAGGCAUGCAGCAAGAUCCUACGGUACUAGAACAGCUUAGUAAGAACAUCACUAGACAGGGUAUCACCAACUCUACUCUGAAUUAUCUCAGGUUAUGUGUUAUUUUGGAACCGAUGCAAGAACUAAUGUCGAGGCACAAGGCGUACGCGUUAUCACCAAGGGAUUGUCUGAAGACGACCUUGUUCCAGAAAUGGCAGAGGAUGGUUGCCCCGCCGGGUAAGAGAGAAUCACAGAGGCCAACGAGUAAAAGAAGAAAGCGAAAGGGCAGUACCUCUGGGCCGGGAAACAACGCUCCUCCUGCGCCUAGUAAAAAGAGGUCACCAGGGCCGAAUUUUUCUCUAGCGUCGCAGGAUGUGAUGGUCGUAGGAGAGCCAUCUCUGAUGGGCGGCGAGUUCGGUGACGAGGACGAACGGUUGAUCACAAGGCUCGAGAACACGCAGUAUGAUGCGGCGAAUAGCUUAGACCCACAUAGUCACGACACGACGGGUGGCCCGCCUCCGCAUCCUCAUCAAUUCCAUUCAGAGCCAACACCGGGUAACUCUUGGCCACCAGAUCGUGGCCCUGGUCCCGGACCUCCGCAAGGUGGACCUGGUAGUCAGGGCGUCCAGGGUACGCAGGGAGGCGGAUCUUCGGGUGUCGCGGGUUCGCAGGAUGGCAGUCAACAGCAGCAAGACAAGAAGAGCCCCGCGGUGAGCCAGUGAGGCCAGGAGUCCCCGCGCCCUCCCACCAGAGGGCGACGGGGGCGCAAGCCCAAAAACGUGGCUCCCUAGCGGGGCGAG